AAGAAUUAUGCAUCCAGUGGUUUAAAUUAGAGUGUUGAAGUUUGUCACAUAUUGUUGUGCUGAUAUAAAUGAUGUUUAUGUGUGUGCAGCAACUUGUUGCUGGACAAAGUAGUGCUCAGAAAAGCUGGUUUGAUGACGAUGAAGCAUUCUUACCUGAUAACUUUCUGUUAGAUCUAUUCCCGGGAGAAGAUGAAGAUCUCUUUUUGGGGGAUAUGAUGAACCUUGUUGCAGCUGAGGACAAUGAUGUUCGUGUAGCCGAUGCCAAGGAUGCUGAAAACUCUGGAGACCAUGACAAGGAUGAUGAGAAUUCCGGAGACAACAGGGAUGUUGGUCUAGCUGAUUACAAGGAUGCUGGAAACUCUGAAGCCACUGACAAGGAUGGUCAGAACUCCGGAAAUUGUUGAAUGGUGAUUGAUACCGUGCUAAGCUACACAUAUGAAAAAUCAACGUAAAACUGCAUUCCAAGCAUGGUGUACUAUUGGCCUAUUUGAAUUUGUUUGAUGAACAACCGUACUAUUUCUGGUUUUUAUUGGGUUGAAAUGGUACCUUAACCUUUUGAUAAGUUACUGAUGUUUUUGAGUUUUUCCCUUUAAAAUCUGUCUUGUUUGGGAAUCAAAUUUAUUAUUCGAAUUUCUCUAGUUUAUAUCUUUUAUCACCCAAAAGAACAAAUUUGUAUAUAUAUUAGUUUUGUUUUUGUGUGAA